GUAGAACUGCAACAACUGCGGCAAGCUUACAACCGUCUUAUUAAUCAAAUGAACAACAUAUUCACCCAGAAGCUCUGGUUCGUUAUGCUUGAACAAUUUUUUAUGAAAUAUGUGUGGUCUGGGACGGGUAUGGUUAUGGUUUCUUUGCCAAUUUUAACAUCAGGUGGAACUAUACCAGCAAUCGACACGAAUAACUCAAGCGUAAAAGAAGUUUUGGAUUCAAAUGUCAGUGAGCGUACUCAAUAUCUUACUACAGCACGGAAUUUACUUAUUUCCGCUGCUGAUGCCAUUGAGCGGCUGAUGUCAUCGUAUAAAGAAAUUGUUGCACUGGCUGGAUAUACUUAUCGUGUUGCUGGAAUGAUGGAUGUUUUUGAAGAGACCGCGCAAGGUAUUUAUUAUAAAAACACCGUCGUCGAAAACAAUGAAAUGAGCGGUAUCAUUGAGUUCAAGGAUGGGAAGCCGAUUGCCAAGGGUCGUAUCAUAUACACCGAUACCCCAAAUGAUAUGACAAUUACAUUGCGUGCUGUACCUGUGGUAACACCCAAUUGUGAUAUCGUCGUACCAAGUCUAACUCUGUGCAUUGAGCAAGGCAUGCAUCUGCUAAUUACUGGACCCAAUGGCUGUGGUAAAUCAAGCCUAUUCCGUAUUUUGAGCGGGCUUUGGCCUAUUUAUUCUGGUGAACUGCAUAUACCACGUCCUGUUGAAGAUAAACCUUGCAUGUUUUAUAUCCCACAACGUCCAUACAUGUCAACAGGCAGUCUUUGUGAUCAGAUUAUUUAUCCCGAUAGUCGUGAAGAUAUGAUACGAAAAGGUGUUACAGAGAAUGAGCUGCGAGUCAUUUUGAAGAUGGUAUGUUUGGAACAUAUAGCCCAACGUGAUAGCUUUCAUGUUGUCCGUGAUUGGAAAGAUAUACUAUCCGGUGGAGAAAAACAGCGCAUGGCCAUAGCACGUCUUUUUUAUCACAGGUAAAUAUACCAAUGUUUUAAGUGUCGCACUUUUUUUUUAUAUUUUAAGGCGGUUUAAAUGAUAAACUAGCAGCUCAUUAUAUAUUUUCUUUUUGUUUAAAACAUUAUGAAGUAGCUAUAAACGCCGUAAAAACGUUUCCAACUUUAAUAUUGCAUGAAAAAAAUAUGACUUGAAAGCAUUAUGACGUUGGAAAUAUCUUAUAAAUCCACUAAAUAUCAUUACAUUAAAUUUGUCUUUUCCUCGCCCGGGGGUGUCCUAAACUGGCCAUUUUGUGUUUCUUUUGUCAGUUCUGGGACUGUUGGCGGACACCUUGCAAGAGUACUUUGUGUUUCAAAUUUGCCCGAGAUCGCCCGGACUAUUUUUCCGAGCGAGUUUCUGGAAACUGUUAAACUGCCAGAAGAAACAGAGUAAUGAAGAGCAAACAGCUUUUAAC